AUGCUGAGCACGUACCGCGUGUCAAGCGCUUUAAAAGGUUCCAGUAAGCGAAACAUCUUCCGCAUCGGCAAACCGACCAGCUCGAAGAUGCUGAUGAUACGAUCGUGCAGUUCUUUGUUCUCCGUGCUAACGGUUGUUGCGCUGGUGUGGCUACAAGUCGUCACCUCCUACCGGUUGGGCGUAGGGCGUGCGGAUUGUACUGGACCUCCGGUGGAGAUUGGAUUUAUGGGCUAUGGUGAGUUUUCUCAGCGCGGCCAGGGCAUUCAUCUGCGGCAGUACGCGCGCGCAUUCAUCUUCGAGGAUGACGAGCAACCGGCGGCAAGGGUUGUGUUUGUUAGUGCGGAUGCCGGCAUGAUGGGACACGCGGUCAAGCGUGACGUGUUGAACCUGUUAAGGGCACGGUACGGCGAUACGUAUCGAUUCGAAAACGUGGUCUUGAGCGGUUCACACAGCCACAGCGUGCCUUCCGGCUUUCUGAUGUCGUACCUGUACGAUAUCGCGUCGCUUGGCUUUGUGCCGCAAAACUUUGACGCACUGGUGGAAGGCAUUACGCUGGCGAUUGUGCGGGCACAUGAGAGUAUGCGCGAGGGACGCGUGUUCCUGUCGGAGACGACCAUUAACGAGGCGAACAUUAAUCGUAGUCCGAGUGCGUACGAGAAUAAUCCACAGUGGGAGCGUGAUCAGUAUCGAGAUUAUACGGACAAGAAGUUGGUCCAGCUGCGGUUAGUAGAUAGUGCGGGACAUCUGUUUGGGUCCAUCAAUUGGUUUGCCGUUCAUCCUACGUCGAUGAACAAAACGAACCGGUACGUGUCGAGUGAUAACGUUGGGUAUGCGUCGGUGCUGCUCGAGCUGGAUCGGAAUGGAGCUCUGAUUCCGGGUCAGGGCGAUUUUGUUGGUGCGUUUGCGUCCACUAAUCUGGGAGAUGCGUCACCGAAUAUUAUGGGACCAAAGUGCGAAAAGACGGGAUUGCCAUGUGAUAUGCUAACUUCCUCGUGUCCGACCGGAGCUGGUGCUUGUAUCGCAUCUGGUCCUGGGAAGGAUAUGUUCGAGAGCACGAAAAUCAUCGGUACGAGACUGUAUGAUGCUGCGAUAAAACUUCUUCGAGCGAACGGAGGUCGAGAGGUGAAGGGACCAAUAAAAUUCGCCCAUCAGUUUAUCGACAUGUCCGAGAUGAAGGUGCCGUACGUAAAUCCAACCACCGGCAAAACAGAAACUGUCCGCGGAUGCUACCCAGCCAUGGGAUACAGCUUCGGCGCAGGUACAACAGACGGUCCGGGAGCGUUCGAUUUCCGGCAAGCCACCCUAACCGAUUCAUCCUUCUGGAAUACGGCUCGUGACAUCCUGGCAGAACCAACACCGGAGGACAUUAAAUGUCAAGCCCCGAAACCGAUCCUGAUUGCCAGUGGCCGGGCAAAGUUUUCCUACGAAGUGCAACCAAAAAUUGUACCAACACAGCUCUUACUCGUGGGUGACUUUGCUAUUGCGGCUGUUCCGGCCGAGUUUACGACCAUGUCCGGUCGGAGGCUACGAGCGGCUAUUGCGCAGACAUCGCUAGACACCGCCAACAAAGAGAUAACGGUUGUUGUGGCGGGUCUUUCCAAUAUGUACACCAGCUACGUGGCAACGCCGGAAGAGUACGCUAUCCAGCGCUAUGAAGGAGCGUCUACACUGUACGGUCCGCACACGCUUACCAUCUACCUGGAACAGUUCCGCAAACUGAUGCGCUCGAUCGCACUAGGUGAAACACUCGCUCCCGGACCGAUGCCACCGUUUGAGGACGAUAAGCAGAUCACCCUGUCGACAGGUGUCGUUUUCGAUGGUCAUCCAUUCGGUUGGUACUUUGGUGAUUGUAAGCUACAACCCAAAGAAACGCCCUACCACCGGGGUGACAUUGUGCGCGCGAUGUUUAUAUCCGGCAAUCCGCGAAACAAUCUAAUGCAUGAACGAUCGUACUUUACGGUGGAACGGUUGAAGCCGGAAUACGAGGAAUCGAACAGUGUGGACCAGCAGCAGAAGAAGCGGGACGAUGAGUGGGAAGUAAUUGCGACUGAUGCAAACUGGGAAACGAAAUUCAAGUGGCACCGUCGAUCGACACUAUUCGCUUACAGUGAUAUCGAGCUGGAGUGGGAAAUUUCGGAUCUGGUCGAGCCGGGAACGUACCGGAUACAGCACUUUGGUUACUGGCGAUACAUUCUAGGUGGCAUUUACCCAUACAAUGGUACUACGAGGAAUUUUAUCGUAGAAUGA